CGUACCUAACCACCCCCCUCCUCACACACACACACACACACACACAAUAACAGCUAACAGUUUUAGCCUUCACCUAGCCUAGUAAAGCUAAUCUUGCUCUCCACGAGCCAGCUGAACGGCUGAGGAGGCCGUUUGUAGCCUAUCACCGCGCGCUUUCAUGCCUGGUUUGCUCCUGGCGCUGUCAUCCUCUGUCAGCUGAGGUCUUUACUGUACACCCCGCAACACCGCCAAGUAAACACCGGCCAGCCCCCAUGAAGACUCCGCCACUGUCCCCUCACACAUGGAGGCCAGUUGAAUAACACCCCGCAGACGCAUGGAGCCCGAGGCACCAUGGAUCUCCCAGCGUCUGCUCCAGUGGUAGCCCUUCUCCACUGACCCUUAUCUCCUCCUUCCUCCACCUCUCUCAUCUACCCCUCAUUCUUCAUACCCCACUACCCCUCACCCCCACGUCUUUGACCCUAGCUUACCACUCAGCCCGUCUUACAUCAUGGCAGGGGAGAAAGGGCCCAACAAGAAGAGCGCCAUGGACAUCAAGCGCCUGGCGAGCCUCAUCCAGAGAGGGACAGGCCGCUUGCUGGUGAUUGACAGCAGGACGUUUUCUGAGUACAAUGCGUCACACGUACAAGGCGCGGUCAACGUUUGCUGCUCAAAGCUGGUGAAGAGGCGGCUGCAGCAGGACAAAGUGUCUGUCACUGAGUUGCUUCAACCCAAUGGCAAAGUGAAGGUUGAGCUGGGCAGGAAGCAGGAAGUGGUGGUUUAUGACCAGAGUUCCAAAGAAGCAGGGCAUCUGUCCAAAGAUGGUUUUGUGCACAUUCUCAUGGGAAAGUUGGAGGGCACCUUCCACAAAGUCUCCCUUCUCACCGGAGGCUUUGCAGCUUUUUCCUCCUGUUUCCCCGGCCUGUGUGAAGGGAAGCCCGCCACUGCUCUACCUAUGAGCUUGUCCCAGCCCUGCUUGCCUGUAGCUAACGUAGGGCCUACUCGCAUCCUGCCUCACCUCUAUUUGGGAUCACAAAAAGACGUCCUCAAUAAGGAUCUGAUGGCUCAGAAUGGCAUCACCUAUGUGCUGAAUGCCAGCAACACCUGCCCCAAGCCAGACUUUAUCAGCGAAAGCCAUUUCAUGCGCAUCCCAGUAAAUGACAACUACUGUGAGAAAUUACUUCCAUGGCUGGACAAAACGAACGAAUUCAUAGACAAAGCUAAGGUAUCAAACUGCAGAGUCAUUGUGCACUGCCUGGCUGGAAUCUCACGUUCAGCAACCAUCGCCAUAGCAUACAUCAUGAAGACAAUGGGCCUAUCAUCAGAUGAUGCCUACAGAUUCGUAAAGGACAGAAGACCGUCCAUAUCCCCCAACUUUAACUUCCUGGGUCAGUUGCUGGAGUUUGAGAAGGGCCUGCGAUUACUCCAAGCUUUAACCUCCGAUGACAAGAAAUCUGAAAACAACACUAAGCAGAAUUCAGAGGUUAACGGAGUCAUCACAGGUUUCGAGAUGAAUGGUCAUCAUAGCAACUGUGACUCAUCCACCACAGAGCCACGCAUCCCACCGGAACCCAAGCUGUCGUCACCCACCUCUCUCCAGCAAGGCUUCAAUGGCCUGCACCUCUCUGCAGAGAGGAUCAUGGACACUAAUCGACUCAAACGCUCCUUCUCCCUAGACAUUAAGUCUGUCUAUUCCCCUAACAGUCCCCACUGCCCCAACCUGGCACCCACACACUCUGAAGACGUCCCCAAGCUGUGCAAGCUUGACAGCCCAGGAACAGGCAUCUCCAAUGGUGUCUGUUCUCAGUCUCCCGUCCUUGACAGCCCCAGCUCCUCUGAUUCACCAUUCCCCUCACCGGGCAGUGGGGGCAGCAUAGGUGGCUUGGGAUUCAGUGGAAGUGAAGGAGUCCAUCGUUCUGGUUCUUCCUCAUCCAGACCCAGAAGAAAAACCAAACAAAACUGCAGCAGUUCGCCGAUCCACUCCCAACCACGGCAGCCUCCGCAGUCCCUCAACUUGCUGCUGGACCACAAGAGCCCCAGCCUGGAAGAAAACCUAAAGGGCUCCCUGCUCCUCUCAUUACCUUCCCUGCCCACUGUGGGUUCUGGGGCUAUGUGGACCAAACACAGAGACACUGUCCAAGCCACAACCCCCGUCACUCCAGUCACCCCGACUGCAGAUGCUCCCUGGCACUUUGGAGCAGAGGAAGGUGGUCAGGGAGAGAUGGAGCUGGGAGCAGGAGAGGUAGGGGGACAGGAGUCGUCGGUGAGGUUCGGUAGCAGCUCGGCGUAUGUGGCAUUUGGGUGUAGCGAAGGUGUGCGGUUACGAGACAAAUCCCAGAGGGAGAAGCCGUCAGCACCACAGACGCAGCGAGACCUCCGAGACUCUUCGUCGUCUUCAGCAGUGACAAUGUCCACCAGCUCGAGUCACAGUGGGGCUGCAUCUGAAAAGCAGUUCAAGCGGCGCAGCUGUCAGAUGGAGUUUGAGGAGGGCAUCUCCGAGACAAGGUCCAGGGAAGAACUGGGGAAAAUUGGGAAGCAGUCAAGCUUCUCUGGGAGCAUGGAGAUCAUAGAGGUAUCCUGACAGAUAAUGACAUCAUCAGAGCUGCCCCUUGGGGGCAAAAAUGGACCUAGUUAGAGGGAGCACAGGAAGAGGACAUUCAAGGUGGAGCCGAGGAGUUGUUAUUGGGGUUUUUUAAGCUCCCCUUACAGACAGUGUUAAAGACUCUAGUUGAGAGAAGGACAAAUGCAAGCUGAGCGUUAAUGUGAAAAGGUUAGCAUUCGCACCUGGACAGACAGAGCCUCAGAUGUGGUGCUUGGCAGACCAUAACCAUCCUGAACUCUUGUACAAAAAUGAAGAAAAAUCUUGGGGGGGGAGGGAGGUAAAGAGGACAAAUCUAGGUACUGAACUCUUUAUGUUUAUGAGCUCUGUCCCAGACAAAAUGAAACAGCCCAGGGCAAAUGUUGCAUCCUUAAUAUAUAGAAUUCUUCCCUUAUUUUGACAGAGUUGAGACACAAACUGCUUGCCUGUGGUCAAACGUAGCGUGUUUCAGUGGGUGUAUAGCUUGUGAUUUGAGCCAAGCCUGAUGUUCUCUCUCCCAACGCUUCACCCCGGUUUCGAUAAGCCUCAUAAGCUCGCACGGCUACGUUUGUCCCCCUUCCCAGUGGCUCUGCCUACUACAGGGAAAACAAUAAAGGACUCCUUAACAGCACCAUAUCCUCACAUCGCCACAGCACAAGGCAGAGAGACCCAAAGGACUUAAUAUUAAGGCGGUACUGCACCCUGACAAUGAAGGAUCCUCUGCAUUUUGUUGAUGAAAAACUAUUUGAAGAAUGGGCAGUGUUUCCCCCUCCUAAAGCACAGUGCGCCUUUCCUGACUUUGUUCCCUUGUUUCCAGUGUUAACAGCGUGAUGGGACUGAGGUUUCAGGAUGCUGAUGAGGGUAUGCGUUAAUAACCCCUCAGCUCGCUAUUAGACCCCCUCUGAGCCUCCUCCCACUCCUUCCAGUCACCACCUAUGGUCGCCACUGAGCAUGCACCUGAGAGGCUGACUACAGACAGACGAAUACUAUAUAUACAAUAUGAAUAUAUAUAGCAAUUUUAAUGGACUUCUGUUUAGUUAUAGUUUUAAUUUAUUGUAUUGGUUCAUUCUGGUAAUGAGAAAUAAUAUAAUGUUUUGUGGAUUUAUUUCUUUUUUCUUUUGUUGAAUUAUAAUUAUUAUUAUUAUUUGCUGUAUGGUAUUUAUGAACACACACUCAAACGAAUACACACAUUCAACAAAUUCAAGCAAAGCAAUAUGUGAUGUUCCUUCUUUGGGGAGAGUGAUGUAUGAUCCUGAGAUGCACUUUUCUGCUUUUCUGGUAACAAUUAGUCAAAUUAUCUUUCGCAUCCUUGCAACAUGAUACUCCUAAAGCCAA